CAAUCGAUAAAAUAGUCGCUUACAUCUCGUACAAACGAGAUUUAGGGGGCUUGUCAGGGUUGUUUAUAAUCUGCUGGAAUUUGUUUCUUUGAAAUAUCCGUACUUGAAAUGGGUAAUAUUCAUACUACUGGACCCAAUGAGGCAUUAGUUAUUUCAGGUGGCUGCUGUGGGGCUGAAGCAAGGAAAUACAUCAUUGGAGGAUGGGGUUGGGCCUGGUGGUUUGUCACUGACACUCAAUAUAUUUCUCUGGAAGUGAUGACAUUAAAUCCACAAUGUGAAAGUGUUGAGACCUCCGAGGGUGUUCCUGUAACGGUCACUGGCGUAGCUCAGUGUAAGAUCAUGCGUUCACCAGAUAUUUUGAAGAAAGCUUGUGAGCAGUUCUUGGGAAAGUCCCCUCAGCACAUUGAGCAUGUAAUCCUUCAGACCUUGGAAGGUCAUCUAAGGGCUAUUCUUGGUACUCUAAGUGUUGAGGCAAUUUACCAAGACAGAGACCAGUUUGCACAGCUGGUCAGAGAGGUAGCAGCCCCAGAUGUGGGUAAGAUGGGCAUAGAGAUUCUUAGCUUCACUAUUAAGGACAUCUUUGACAAGGUGGAGUACUUGUCUUCUCUGGGCCGGGCUCAGACUGCCAAUGUUAAAAAAGAUGCUGACAUUGGUGUAGCCGAGGCCAAUCGAGAUGCUGGGAUUAGGGAAGCCGAGUGUGAGAAACUAAGAAUGGAUACUAAAUACAAAGCUGAUGCCAUCAUUGCUGAUGCUGCUAGAGAAUACCAGAUGCAGAAAUCUAAUUUUGAUAUGGAAGUCAAUGCUAGGAAAGCUGAAUCUGAACUGGCUUAUGAGCUUCAGGCCGCCAAAGAAAAGCAAAAGAUAAGAAGUGAGGAAAUGGAAAUUGAAGUCGUGGAGCGAAGAAAACAGAUUGAUGUUGAGGAGAAAGAAAUUUUGAGAAAAGAGAAAGAAUUGAUAGCCACUGUGAAGCGCCCAGCUGAAGCACAGGCUUACAAGAUGGGUCAAGUAGCUGAAGGACAGAGGACUCAGACUGUAGAGGCAGCACGUGCUGAAGCUGAAAAGAUUCGGUUGAUUGGUGCGGCAGAAGCAGCAUCCAUUGAAGCCAUCGGCAAAGCAGAGGCCGAAAGGAUGAGACUCAAAGCUGCAGCAUACAAACAAUAUGGAGAUGCUGCCAUGUUGCACUUGGUCAUGGAAACUCUGCCGAAGAUUGCCGCUGAAGUCUCUGCUCCUUUGUCCAAGACAGAUGAGAUAGUUCUUCUUGGGGAGGACCGUGUAACAGGUGAAGUAAGCAGGCUGGUGAGCCAACUGCCACCUGCUGUCCAAGCUCUGACAGGGGUAGAUUUGACCAAGGUACUUGGCAAAAUCCCUGGUGCUCUUCAAGCUUAAGAAAUGCAGCCAAAUAUCAAUGAGUUGCCUUUGUGUCAUUUAGGGUAAUGAGGAUUUCAAAUAUUUUGUUUUCUAAAAUAUAUGUACACUGCGGAAUAGGAAAGGGAAACCAUUUGAAAUGUAUAGUUAAAAGCAUAAUUUUAAAUUGCAACAAUAAUUCCUAAAAAAAAAAAUCUUUAAAAUAAAUUAAAAUUUUUAUACAGAAUCAAAAAUAAUUUGUAGGAAUUUUAUUUUUUAAAUUUCCUUGUUGUUAAUUAAAAAUAUUCAAAAUAGAUUUCAAAAUCACUUUCUUUUAAAUUGCAAGAACAUUAAAAAAAGAAAUUAUUUCAAUUGAAGAAAGUUGUCACUGUAUUAUGUGAAACAUUAUAUUUAUUUCAUUUUUUGUUUGUUUUUUUUUUGUUUUGUUUUAAUCACUAUCCUUAUAUAGUCACAUAAAAUGCUGUUUUCACCUUAAAAUAUGUUAUUGUGCCUAAUUUUAAACGAACUUCUUUCUUUUCUUCAUGUUUUCAUUGAAACUAUUCAAGCUUAACUUUUCUUUGCAUAUAUAACCCUAUCUUGUGGUAGAAUAGAACAUGUACUCUACACCUGUUAAUAGUGUAAAACUAUUAAGUUGUUGCUUUCUAUAGAGCUUGGAUACUCAACUUGAUUAGAAGAGGAAAAAUAAUGGAAAAAAAAAAUUCAAUGAGCCAAUGGCUAAAAACCUUGUCAAUUAAGCUGCAUUUAAAAAAAAUAGCACUAAUGAGUACUGAUGUGUAACAAUAUACUUUUACAUCGGUCAUUGUAUCUAAAAUACAGUUAUUGAAAAUUUUAAACAAAAACAUAUAACGGCAAGUGCAAUGAGAGUGACUAAAUUAAGAUUUAGAAAUGUUGGGUAUCCAUUAGGAUUUAUAGUCUCUGGUUUCAAGUACACUAUCUCACAGUUCUAAUUGUUUCCCCUUUUUCCUUUUUUUUUUCCUCUCUUAAUUGUCUGUGUCGUCCUGUGUUGCAUUUGAUGCGCUGCAUAUAUUUUGACCCAAUUUAUAAAGCCAUCAUUUUAAUAUACAACAAAACGAAAACAAUACCUCAGCCCAACAUGUGAUUCCACUCUAGCAAUACAAAUAAAUAUUUAGUACUGCAACUUCAUAUUUGAAUGUAUUAUUUAUCAUUUCACAGCAUACACUUGACUCAGAGGCAUAGAUAGGGUGGGGUAGGGAGGGGGAGAAUUUUAAAAAUCUCCCCAGGCCCCCACUUGAAGGGGGCUCCCAAAUAAGUUUUUUUUACAUUAAAUAUUAUGCAAAAUGCAAGGUCCACCAAAGAAGUUAAGCCCCCUGGGCCCCCUAAUGAUGGCAAAUUCCAAGCUAUGCCACUGGACUCGAUAUAAGAAUGCAUAAUUUCACUUGACAAGACUUUGACUCAGCAGAACAUUGCAUUACUUCAGUUAACAAUAUAAACUUCUACCCAACAUAAAAAUCCUCUCUAUAUGUAUACUUUCAUUGUAUUGCUAUUAUAUUUUUUACUUUGGCUGUUAUUACAUGUAUUUUUAUUAUUAUCAGUGUUUAUUACUUUUAUAUACGAACAAAAGUCUUAUUUUAAUAAAAACAUAAUGUUCAUGUUAUUCCUAGCCCAGAAAGUUCAUCUUAAUAAGUCUGUUUGAUGAUUUUUUUUUUAUGAUUCAAAUAUUGCUCAUAUUUUGUGUACUGAAUAUUACUUAUAUAAGAUAUUAAUUAAUUCGUUCUAUAAAGUCUCUGUUGUAUUACACAAGUUUUUUUGUUUUUUUUUUAAAAUUAUCUUAUGUUUAUUUCACCAUGUAUUAGGCUAUUGCCACUGAAAACUGACAGUUAAUUAGGUUCAGUAGUUUGAGAUUGUCUUCAUGUUUCAUGUUGCCCAAGAUUAACAUGUGAGUUUAUUUUCAUCACUUUUGUUAAAAAAUCAUAAUGAUAUUUUUUUAUGUUUGUUAUCAAUAUACAUAGUGCAUUUAUUUUUUAUUAUCAACCAUGUAUAUUGAAAGUGAACUAUUUGUCAGCAUGAAUGCUACAGAUUUUUUUUUCAACAUUAGUUCUGGCAUAUGUUUUUUUUUUAAGUUAAAUUAGUUUUUGGUAUUAUCAUGAUUCAACUAAGUGAUGCAACAGUCACAGCAUUACAGGACAUUUAAAUUAGCUGACAUAAUAAUCAGUUAUUAUGUAAUCAUCUUAGAACUUCAAAGAUCAACAAUAGUUAUCAAGAGCUUGUACUGACAUCAUAUUUUCUUUGCUGAAGUGGUACUGUGACCAUUUUAUGGGAUAACAGACUUGAACACAUCGACAUCAUGUCAUAGUAGAAAAAGGUUAUUUUUAUAUGCACUAAAUCAGUAAUGCUCAAACUAUGGCCACAUCUGGCCCGUCAGAAUGCUUGCUCACAGUACAUAAAGCCACAGAAGCUCAGUUCCAUUGGGCUUGACUAUUUUUUUGAGGACAUGCGUCUUGUGACACACAUGUUGCAAAUUUCUUUGACAUAAAAAAAAAGGUUGACCACAACCGCACUAAAUAGGUGACUGCAUUCCAUAAGUAUAUAAAGUAUUUACAGAAUACAAUGUAGGGUUGAGCACUGUGUUUUUAUUUACUAAGAAGCUCAUUUUAUAAUCGGCAAUGUUAUAGCCCACAUAUUUUAUAACUAACAAUGUUGUAACCCAUGUGAUCAAUAGGUUAAAGAUUCACUGUCAUAACAAGGAUGGAAUGAUUUUUUUUAAAUUAAAGUUUUUACUUGAUUUUUACCAUAGAACUUCUUCUUACUUGGAUAUUUGAUGGUGUUGUGUGUUGCGCUCUUUUUCUUUGAAUGGCAGCUUUAAGCUCUUAGUCUACACCCACUUUGUUCAUCUAUUUUAUAAGUAUACUGCAACUGUAUGUCCUAUUAGUUCCAUUUCAUAACCUCUUUGUCAUGUUGUAUUCAUCCAAUCACAUCGUCAGAUGGUGUCAUGAUAACUUAUAUUUGUAUAUAUGUGUGCUCUUUUUAAUAAGUAACCAAUCAAAAUGUAUAAUGUCAUUACCUGUGCAAUUCAUUCUGGUUCACAUCUAUUUUUUUUUUUUUUAUUACAAUAAAAUGGUUUCUAGAUAUCAGCAGGUACUAAGCAUAACUUUGUAUAAAACAGUUUAAAAUAUAAAUUAUGUUUCAAACUAAUUGGCUGGAAUAUAUUUUGACUUUUGAUAGUCCAACACAUCGGUAAUCCUAUGCGGUGCAGAGGUAAAUAUAUGUAUUUUUAUAAUGUAGGUAGGCUGAAAUUGUAAUUUAGUGCAGUAUGUGAAAGCUGAAAUCGUUUGUUUUGUAUUUUUUUAGAUCAAUAAAUUUUUCUCUUUCUUCUAUUGUUUAUUUUAUACCAUUGAAUUGAAAGAUAACAUAUUACAUCAUUAAUAGAAUUUUCUUGACAUAUAUGGUUAAAUUGUUUGAAGUAAAGCUAAACCUUUAAUUUGGUAAUCUGAUACCGUCAUGGCCCUGUAAUAGUUCGACUAUCAAGAGUCACUGUAUUGUGUUUUAAUUAUUUUUUUUAUUAGUUAAGGUUGUAUGUUGUUGUUUUUUUUUGUUCAACCAUUAUGCCAAGAGGAUUGUAUCUUUGUAUUGAACCUUUAAUAAUUUAAACAUCUGAACUCAUUCUAUCAGUGCAAAUAUUUGUCUACACAUUUUGAUUGUAAUAUUUUCAUCUUACAUUAAUUGUAAUAUUUUUGUUGCAUUACAUUUGAUCUAUCACAUAGUUACCCCCCUUUUCAACCCUCUCAUUUUCAAUUAGGUCGUUAAAAAAAAAAAUAAAGGACUUAUGAUUGUUUUGUGCCUUACUGUCUUGUGUGUGUGGUCCAACCAUUGUAACUCACACAAUUAUGACAAUACAUAGAGCAGUUAGUAAACCCACACAAAUUUUAUCAGCAAUGUUGUGUGGAAAUGCAUUAGUUAAAAAAAAAAUUAAUGGUACAAAAUAUUUUAUUUUAACAUUUCUUUUACACUAUUGAUUAAUUCCACUUGCCUAAAUUUUUUUUGUGUUAUUUUGAUUACUGGUACUUCGCUAGUCAAAACACACUUCAAACCCAGAACCAUGUAUGUGUUGUAUUUCUAUCAGUACAUGUGUUGUUGUUUUUCUUUAUGAGAUGUAAGGGUAUUAUGGAUGGUUGUAUAUCUAAUCCUUGUAUUCUCCCCCAUGUCAUUGUUUCAUGUGAUCAACUUGUAAAAUAUUUGGAUUUUUUUUUUUUUCAUUACUAGACAUCAAGAGAUAUUCUUUUUUUUUUUUUUUAAAUUUUAUGAUCAAGUUAUUUAAUUUUUGAAAUAAAUUUUAAGUAAAAUAAA